AUUACUUCACCUAUUGAAGUAUACUCGAAUAAUAACUCUUUGAAAGGUCAACUUUUCUUGACUACACUUAAAAGCAUCGUACUCUCACGACAUAGAGACAUCAUUUACGUGAGUGAGUUCAGCCUGCAAGGCUAUGUUGUCACGGUUCGAAGAAACAUUAAUGGCAUGAAUGAUUAUGCAAAGCAGUGCAUUCAGAGGUGGAUCCCGAGGG